CUGAUAACAAAUAAUAACAAUAACAAUAACAAUUGUCAACCAAACUCAGCCAAAAUUCAGAAGAACCCUACCGAUAAAAAAAAAAUAAAAAACCAAACCAUCAGAUUCACCAAUCGGUCCAUGGAUGCACUCCGCAAGACCAACACUCGCAUCCCGCCGGAGUGUUCAACCGCCUAUUCUUCCACCACAACCUGCCGUCAACACAACGAGCGAGAGAGAAGAUACACGCCAUAUUCAUGGAGUGCGGCUUCAGAUCAGCAUCGAUACGAACAAGGAUACCUGCGGCACCGCCUUCUUGGCGCUACUGAGACCGCCGUCAACACCUUUCAGGCUUCAGCGUUGCCAGCAGUUCUCAGAUCUUUGAGACCGCCGUUGGCGUUACCCGCAGGCGAAGAAGGGCAAGAAAUUUGUCCUGAGAAAGACGUCUCAACAGGAGUUUUGAGCACUGUUUCAUAA